UGCUUCUUCUCCUCCGCCUAUUUCCUCUCCGCUCCCUUCCAUCGCGGAAAACCUCUUCAACCUCUUAAUUAAUUGGUUUCCUCGAUCCGAACCCUCUUCUCCGCCAAUCCCCGACGCCGAUCCGCUCCUCGCUCCUCCCCUCGACAGCCCCACACAGGCCCAGCACGACACAAAAAGAAAAGAAAACAUCAGUCUUCUUCCAACAGAUUGCUGACGGGAGAAGCAGAAAUGAGAGGAAGUUUGAAUCAAAUAAUUGAAUUUGGGUCGGGGGAGAAGCCACCAAACAACCGCAAAUGGAACGCGAAAUGCAGGCAGCUAGACACACACAGAGAGCAUUCCGACGAUUAAAACAAGGCAAAAACCAGCUGGUGUCUCAUCUUUCCUUUUCCCUGCGAAGACGACAGCUUUGAUGAAAUAGGGAGCCUUACCCCUCUGCGUCCUGUCGCUCAAUACCUUCCUGUUAUUCCAUGGAUCCAAAACCGAAGAGGAGAGUUGUGGUGGAGAAUGGAGAUACAGGGGAAGACCUAGUCCUUGCCACAUUAAUUGGCAAUGGCGAAGAUUUGGGUCCAAUCGUUAGGCACGCCUUUGAGAUGGGACGCCCUGAAGCCCUUCUCCAACAGCUGAAAGGUGUAGUGAAGAAAAAAGAAGUGGAAAUUGAGGAUCUUUGCAAGAGCCAUUAUGAAGAGUUCAUCUUAGCAGUUGAUGAGCUUCGUGGUGUCCUUGUCGAUGCUGAAGAGCUCAAAGGUGAGCUCGCAAGUGAUAACAUCAAGCUCCAGGGAGUUGGGAACUCUCUCUUGAUCAAGCUCGAGGACCUUCUCGAGUCCUAUUCCAUCAAGAAGAAUGUCACCGAAGGCAUAAAAUUGUCAAAAUCAUGUGUUCAAGUCCUUGAGCUAUGUGUCAAAUGCAACAACCACAUGAUGGAUGGUAACUUCUACCCGGCACUGAAGACUGUGGACUUGAUCGAAAAGAAUUACCUGAAGAACAUCCCUAUGAGAUCGCUGAAACUAGCAGUGGAGAAGACAAUCCCAGUCAUCAAAACACACAUCGAGAAGACGGUCACCAGUCAGUUCAAUGAGUGGCUUGUUCAUGUAAGGAGUUCAGCAAAGACCAUUGGCCAGACAGCGAUAAGCCACUCAGCAUCAGCUCGCCAGAGGGAUGAAGAAAUGCUGGAACGGCAAAGGAGAGCCGAGGAGCAGAAUGUUUCCGGUUUAGGAGACUUUGCAUUCACUCUAGAAAUUGAGGAAAUCGAUGAAGAUUCAGUAUUACAGUUCGAUCUCACUCCUCUUUAUCGAGCUCAUCACAUCCAUGCUUGCCUUAGGAUUCGUGAUCAGUUCCGUGACUACUACUAUAAAAAUCGGGUCCUGCAGCUGAACUCAGACUUGCAAAUCUCAUAUGGUCAACCGUUCAUUGAAUCAUACCAGACCUACUUGGCUCAAAUUGCUGGCUACUUUAUUGUUGAGGAUCGCGUAUUAAGGACUGCUAGUGGUGUUCUUUCUUCAGAUCAAGUUGAGACAAUGUGGGAAAUAACUCUCAAUAAAAUGACAUCUUUGUUAGGUGAUCAGUUCAACCGCACAGAUUCGGCUACUCAUCUCUUACUAGUGAAGGACUAUGUCACACUUCUUUCUGAAACACUUCGGCAAUAUGGUUACGACACAAGCCAACUCUUGGAGGCUCUGGAUAAAGGCCGAGAGAAGUACCACGACUUUCUGUUGAGGGAAUGUAGAGAGCAGAUUGUUGGUGCCCUUGGAAAUGACACGUACGAGCAAAUGCAGCACCAUCGCGGAGUAUCCCAAGCCAUGCAGAUUGCAGCAAACAUAUCGGUUCUCGAACGUGCAUGCGAUUUCUUCCUACGGCAUGCUGCCCAGCUAUGUGGAAUCCCUGCUCGGUCAGUCGAGAGGGCUCAAGCUAGUUUGACUGCUAAAGUGAUCCUGAAAACUUCAAGGGAUGCUGCUUACUUGGCGCUUUUGACUUUGGUGGACACCAAGUUGGAGGAGUUCAUGGCUCUUACUGAUAAUGUUCAGUGGACAACCGAGGAGACGCCUCAGAAUGGGAAUGAGUACAUAAACGAGGUGGUGAUCUACCUCGACACACUUUUAUCGACUGCUCAAAAGAUUCUGCCUCUGGAUGCUUUGUAUAAAGUUGGCUGUGGUGCUUUGGAGCAUAUUUCGAACUCCAUCGUUGGAGCUUUUCUAAGUGAUACUGUGAAGAGGUUCAACGCCAAUGCAGUGCUCUCCUUAAACUAUGAUUUGAAGAUGUUGGAGAAUUUUGCUGAUGAGAGGUUUCACAGUACUGGGCUGAGUGAAAUAUACAAGGGAGCGAGUUUCAGGUCGUGUUUGGUGGAAGCAAGGCAGCUGAUCAAUCUUCUGUCGAGCAGCCAGCCGGAGAACUUCAUGAACCCUGUGAUCCGGGAGAGGAACUACAACACUUUGGAUUAUAAGAAGGUGGCUACCAUUUGUGAGAAGUUUAAGGAUUCGGCUGACUCAAUCUUCGGUAGUCUUUCUAACAGGAAUGCGAAGCAGAGUGCCAAGAAGAGAUCGAUGGAGGUGCUGAAGAAGAGAUUGAAGGACUUCAAUUGA